AUGAAUGAGACCGUCUCGUUGGACAGGACAGUGUCUGAGGGGUCUUCACAGAUCAAGACGAUACUUAUAAAGCGUGAGGGGGCAAAUAACAUCUGGCAUUCACUAAUGGAAAUCAUGAGCCUUUCCUGGAGUCUCGAUGUGCUUCAAAUACGUGCCGAUGCAAAAACAGGAGGGCCCUUUCUCUCACCAGACGCCAGAUCGACGACACAGAUUGUUCUUCUAGACAAACAUGAAGACGGGCCCUAUAUCGAUAUGUGGAAGCUCUUCUCUAAAAUGCCAAUUCGCCGCAUUCGAGAUCUCAAUGAAUCAGAACCCAUAUCGGAUAUUAUUAUACCAUUUGCGGGAGGGAGUAAUCCCCUUUGGCAAGGGGACUGGGAGGAUAUUGUAUGCCGAGAUUCAACACUUGUGAAAACAUUCUCAUCUCGAGUCCUCUCGCUAUAUGGCGUGGCUACGCCUAUUAAAGAAAAUGACAAAGUUAUUGUCACGUAUAUACGUCGCACAAACACUCGAAAACUUAUCAAUGAAACCGCGCACAUGGAAGCUCUAAGGGAAGAGAUCCCUAAUAUGAAACUCAACGUUGUCGACUUCGGAGCUAUCUCAUUCGCUGAACAGCUCAAAAUUGUGCGAGAGACGGACUUGUUAGUCGGAGUCCAUGGAGCUGGACUCACACAUCUCAUGUUCCUCCAACCUGGGUCCGCCGCUCUCGAGAUAUUACCAGAAGGUCUCCAACACAAAGGAUUCCGCAACCUUGCACAGAUGCUCGGUAUAAACUUCUUCCGUGCUCAUGCCAAAAUGCACGGAGAUGCUAAAGGUGAUCAUCAGUGGCAGUUUGAUGCUGUUGAAUUGGAACAACAACGGUUUGUAGAAUUGGUUAACUUUGGGGUAAGAAGUUUGUCUAAUAAUGGGAAAAAGAGUUAUGACAUUCUUUAA